GUGUAUGUCUAUCGUGUCUCACUUUCUCUCUCAUCUCAUCUCUCUCUCUCAUAAAAGUCUUGUAUCAGUUGUUGGUCAAAAGGCGAGGGGGGAGAAGGAAGGAGAUUUUAGGUGACAUACAAACAAAAAGGUUGCAGACUUCCUUUAAGGCUUUCGUUUCGUGCCAACUAUAUAAAGAGAGAGAGAGGGCGCAAACAGAAGGCGGUUUUGCCAUUAAUGAGUGGUUUUGGAUCCUUUUGCUGGAGAUGUGCAUAGUGUGAGCAGAGAGAGAGAGACGGGUGGAGGAUGGUCAGAGCCUUCAUAAGGGCUUCAGGUGGGGCUCUGCUGGAGACGACGACCGCCGCCGCCGCCGCCACCACCAUCGCCAGGCAUCUGAGCUCCCCCAAAUUCUCUGCUGGAGCGCCCCUAGCUUCCCACCGCCGACGAUGAUGGCGGCCUCUUCCACCAUGAGCAAGGAGGAAUCAGCAGCAAGCUACGACAUGGCGGAAUUUGACCAGUCAGCAAUCUUCCUCUACCUCGAGGAUGGCCACGAUCAAGAACAACAACGACAGACUCUGAACAUCUUUCCAUCGCAGCCAAUGCAUGUGGCUGAGCCAAUUCCUACCAAGGGUGUUAGCAUGGGCAUGGUGGCAGCCAGCAUCAUGCUGCCCAACGGAAACUCUUCUUCACCCAAGAGACAAGAGCAAGGUGGUGGCCAGCAGAGGAAUGUCGCUGCUCCUGCAGGCGCCGCUGUGCCGUUGCCUAAUAACUUAGCCAAGGAUAACAGGAAUAGCCUUACUAAGAAGGAAGAAUCUAGUGGUGGAAAGGGUGCAGCAUCUGCCGCAGGUGGUGUUCAGGAGAGAGUGAAAGACCCUAAGACACUGAGGAGGCUUGCACAGAAUAGAGAGGCAGCUAGGAAGAGCAGGCUUAGGAAGAAGGCUUAUAUCCAGCAGUUAGAGACAAGUAGGAUCAGGCUCAGCCAGCUUGAACAACAAGUUCAAGUGGCAAGAGUACAGGGUGUCUUCUUGGGCACUGGUGAGCAGCCAGGUUUUCCUUCUGCCCCUUCACCAGGUACUGCAGUAUUUGACGUGGAGUAUGGGAGGUGGGUUGAAGAGCACAGCAAGCUGAUGUUCCAGCUGAGGGCCGCGUUGAGCGAGCACCUGGCGGACGAACAGCUGCAGAGCUUGGUGAGCGGUGGCAUGGCGCAGCACGAGGAGCUGCUGAGCCUGAAAGGCGCCAUGGCCAGGGCCGACGUCUUCCACAUCUUGUCUGGGCUGUGGGUAUCCCCUGCUGAGCGUUGCUUCCUUUGGUUGGGAGGCUUUCGCCCCUCGGAGGUUAUAAAGGUGAUGCUAAAGCAUGUGGAGCCGCUGUCAGAGGGUCAGAUCCUUGGCAUCUACCAACUCCAGCAGCUGGUGCAGGCGAGGGAAGAGGCUCUGAACCACAGCAUGGAAGCCACCCAGCAGAACAUCUCGGACAUCGUCGCCGCUCCUGAUGUCGCCCCGGCCACCUUCAUGGGCCACAUAUCCCUCGCCAUGAACACGGUGGCCUCUAUGGAGAGCUUCGUCAUGCAGGCAAAUGGGCUAAGGCAGCAGACCCUCCACAAGCUCCACCACAUCCUGACCACCGGACAGGCCGCUCGUGGUCUGCUUGCCAUCGCCGACUACUUCCACCGCCUCCGCGCACUCAGCACGCUCUGGGUUGCAAGGCCCAGGCAGCAGGACGACGGCGGCCCGGGGCUGCCGCAGUAGAGAUAAAAUGAGGAAGAAGAAAUUAAGCAAGAUCGAGUUAACUCAUCUAGUUUAUCGGGAAGCAGUGUAAUGUCGAUCGCUUAAUUAGUUUGAUCUGCUGGUGAUGAUGCACACCGAAGAAAGGAUUCUUCUUCGGAUGUGUGACGACUUGCAACUUUUUUUAAGGUGUACAUACAGUGCUAGCAGGGGUAGAGAAGAUAUUUAGGAACUAUAAGAAUAGUGGAGACCCUGCUUGUUUGUUUGGGCUUCCCUUUUGUUCCUAACUUAUGCACCAACAACGGCUGAACAUCGUGUAUCUCCUCUGAAUAUAAUGCUAAUUGUUAGCCGGUAAAACGGAGAUUUUACUCUGUUCUAUGGUAUA